GUUCCCACGUUCGACAGAGUUGCCUUUGCUUCUUUGGUUCCCAUCCAGAACUCAUGCUCCAGAUUGUGACUAUGGGGCGACGAGGAAGGGGGCUUCCGCCGGAGGACCGCGAUACCUUCAGAGUAUUUAAUAUUGAAAUCCCACAAAGGAAUAACAUAUAUGAAAAGAUGCCAGAAAUAUAUAAGCCAGGGAAACCGAAACCCCGGUAUACGUUGGAAUGGCGCCAUAAUCCCCAGCCGAUACAUGCGAAAUUCAUUAAGACAAACACCAAAUUUUUGAACGAGCCAGUACUUUACAUGGAAACGGAGGACACCAAAAGAAAGCAGGAUCACUGGUGGCCGACCCACGAAGCGUUUAUGCAGCGUCCAAAGGCUCCUUAUGAUCCGAAGAGCACGCAAAGGAGUGAUUUCCAGAAGCCAACCUGUAGGUUGGUUCCAGUCAUUAAAUACACCAAGCGGCAGCCUUCCCAUGGAAUAGUUCCGCUUACUUCUCCGCGACCGUCGCUAGGCAGCCUCCCAAGAAUUUUCCAGGAGCAGAUUAGUUUCAAACAUAAUUACGAUGCCAGAGCAACUCCCAAUAUCCCGUAUCAAGGAAAGAAGCGCGGCACCUUUGUGUGGACCCAGAUGAAACCAGAGAAGGUUCCUGAGGGAACCAAAGCAAAGUCUUGUGCUCCUCAGGGAUCAGGUUUUCUGGAAGAGCCAAAAACAGAGAAAGGAAGCUCAGUGGGAAACGGCGUGACCUCCGCCUGCCUUCUCUUGCCAGAAUCCCAGGAGACACCACCAGACUCUGACAAACACUUAUCAGAAACAGACGUCGGCCCAGGAGCCAAGGCAGACCCCAGAACCAUGGAAGGAGGACAAGAGAGUUCAGAGAUUUCUCAGGCAAACGAAAUGGAAGUUAGCUGUCCUCCUUCCAGUCCAGCAAAGGCUUCCUCCGGGAGACCGCACAGCCUUUUGCCUCCUCUUCAUCCCACUACACAAUCUCCGGGAGAAAUUCAAAGAACCUAGAAGGACUGUCCAACUGAGGGGGCGUUGGGCUGGCUGCAAUUUCAGUGACGCCAAACACAAACUGACACCAGCAAAUUGUUCACGGCAGCACACUCCUAACCUCCCCAUAACAACAGCUGCAGUCUGCUUUGAUGGUCCUUGGAAAAUGAGAGGCCUGUUCGCAAAAGACACCAUGGAUCUUUGAUUCCCACUCCCACAUUGACCCACUCAGAUUUUCCUUUUCAAUUAGAAUUAUUGUGCAAAUUAUUCUUCAACAGAUAUUGCUCACUCACAUGAAAUUAUCUGGAUUUGCUGGGGAGAGGUCUUUAGGAACAAAGACAUCUUUAUCAUUUAAUAUCAAAGUAGGGCUAUACCUUUUUCAGACUACUAAAAUAUAAUUGCAAGGGUCAUCUUCGUAAUGUUAGCACUACAAUAAAGAUAUAUUGUC